AUGGAAAGGGUAAUACAGACUGAGACAGAUGAUUUGAGUGUAAAGAGAUCGAGGUCAAUGUCGUCAGGUUUAUGGUCAGUCGAAGAGAAACGUGAGAUUAACAUCAGGACCAAUGAUGAUAUUGAGGGUUGUUUCAUUACAGGAAGUUGUAUCAUACCUUCAGGAGAAAUUCUGCUUGCGGAUUACAAUAAUAAAAAGUUGAAGAAACUUGAUAAUAUGUAUAAUGUAAGGUGUGUGUGUGAUCUUUCUCAUAUACCAUAUGAUGUUUGUUAUGUCAGGGAUAAUGUAGCUGUUGUAUCACUGUCGUGGAAGAAACUUCAGUUUGUUGAUACUACACAUAGUAUGACUCUGCUUAAAUCCAUUGAUACAGAUCAUGAGUGUCUUGGUCUGGUUUGUCAUGGCGAUCAGAUGUAUGUAAGAGACUGUUAUGGUUCUGUUUAUAGUUAUAGUACAGAUGGUAUAAAGCAGCAGAUGAUUUAUUUAAUAUCUAGAAACGAAUCAUUUCUUUUUAAUUAUUACAUUUUUAACAAUACAUCACCGAUUACUGUGAGUAAUGAUGGAAGUAAGUUAUACCUACCAGGUCUAAAUGAGCUUGUUACCAUUGACAACAAUGGAAACCAUUUGUUUACAUUAAACAAUGAAGACAUAAAUUUCAAAUGUGGAGUUUGUGUAGAUGAUGAAGGUUUUGUUUAUGUAAAUGAUAUGAAUUGGAAUAUUAUAAAAAUAAGUGAAGAUGGUAGAACUAUACUUCAGGUCAUAACAAACCUAUCUAACUUGACAGGUGGACGUUCUCGUACAUUAACAUUUGAUAGGAAAAAUAAAGCUCUGAUAGAAGCAGGGUGGUCAGACACAAUUAUAGUCUUAAAACUAAGGAAAUAA